AUGGGCGCCGAAGAGCCCUCGCCGCGGCAGCUCCCGUUAAGAUCCCCGCGACCGAUGAUCCAACUUGAGGCCUACGACAGUGCUACACCAGAAGAAUCACAGCAAGAAUCACAAGAUCGACAAGCACGUCAGUCUCGGGGCCUACCAAACGGCAACUCUCUGUUGGCAAACGGCCAUGUCAAUGGCCACGUCUCUCCGCAGCGUAGUCCUCAACUCGGACUUCCUGAAAGAAUAGUCCCAAGAGAAGUUGAACAAGCCGCUCUCCAGCGCCGACCUUCGCCCCUCGUAAGAAAUCGCAGUGAAUUCGGACCACGAACAAACACUACCAGUAUCGAUGGCACGCCGCUGGAUGGCAGAGUCUUCAACAACAAGCAUGAUGGAGAUCUGACCUCUGAAGAAAGACUGGCUCAUAUUCGACAUGGGUGGGAUAAUGAACACAACUCAGAUGAGUACUUGUCACUGCUGAACUCGACGUUUUACAUGUACUACACUGAGAAGCGACACGAAAGCAACGGCAAUCCAUCAGCGGACUCCAGUCAGUAUCCGAAUAGCAAUUGGCGUAUGCGGGAUCGAAUGAAGACAGUAUCGGCGGCUUUGGCUCUGUGUCUCAAUAUCGGCGUCGACCCUCCUGAUGUUAUCAAGACCAACCCCACUGCGAAACUGGAGGCAUGGCUUGACCCCUCGGGCAGCAACAGCGGGUCAACCAAGAUGAUGGAGCAGAUCGGCAAGCGUCUUCAGGAGCAAUACGAGACGCUCAGCCUACGAACAAGAUACAAGCAGUAUCUUGACCCAGCCAUCGAAGAGACCAAGCGCUUUUGCGUCUCUUUGCGUCGCAAUGCAAAAGAUGAGCGAGUUCUCUUCCAUUACAAUGGCCAUGGUGUGCCUCUCCCGACCGCUUCAGGAGAGCUCUGGGUAUUCAACAAAAACUACACCCAGUACAUUCCGAUCGGUGUCUACGACUUACAGUCUUGGCUCGCUGGACCUAGUCUGUUCGUCUACGAUGUAUCCCACGCUGGCAAUAUUCUGCACAACUUCGAUACCUUCAUCGUCAAGCACGAAAAGGAGAACGAAGAGGCCAGGAAGAAAGAUCCCACCACACCCAUUCAGAACUAUAGCGAUUGCAUCCAGCUUGCUGCGUGCGGCAGAAACGAGAUGCUGCCCACCAAUCCCGACCUUCCAGCUGAUCUUUUCACUUGCUGUUUAACCACCCCAAUCGAUAUUGCUUUGAGGUGGUUUGUACUGCAAAACCCAUUGCCAACCAGCAUCGAGAUCACGGACUAUAAGAUCCCAAUACCUGGUCGUUUGCAAGACCGUCGCAGCCCACUGGGCGAGCUGAACUGGAUCUUCACAGCCAUCACCGAUACGAUUGCCUGGAACACUCUUCCAAGAGCACUGUUCAAGAAGCUAUUCAGGCAAGAUCUAUUGGUUGCAGCGCUGUUCCGCAAUUUCUUGCUAAGCGACCGCAUCAUGCGAGCCAACCACUGCCAUCCUAGUUCUUCCCCUCCCAUGCCCGAGACACAUCAUCAUCCCCUAUGGCAAAGCUGGGAUCUGGCGGUGGAUAAUGUCUUGACCCAACUGCCUGCGCUUCUCGAAGCUGAAGCUGGAAAGCGCGUCUACGACUACGAACACUCAACUUUCUUCUCUGAGCAGCUGACAGCAUUUGAGGUGUAUUUGAGCUCGGGUCCAACUAAAGACCAUGCCCCUGAUCAACUGCCGAUCGUCCUCCAGGUUCUCCUCAGUCAGGUCCACCGCCUGAGGGCCUUGAUACUACUAAGCAAGUUCCUCGACCUUGGUCCCUGGGCCGUGCACCUUGCGCUCAGUAUUGGCAUCUUUCCAUACGUGCUCAAGCUACUUCAGGCCGCUUCAAUAGAGCUGAAGCCUGUCAUGGUGUUCAUCUGGGCCAGGAUCAUGGCAGUUGACAGUUCUGUGCAUGUGGAACUCUUGAAGGACAACGGCAUACACUACUUCAUCACGAUCAUGAGUCCCCAGUCGGAGAUACCCGUCCCGAACAAGAGCGAGCAUCGUGCAAUGUGCUCUUUCAUUGUUGCCACGUUUUGCAGGGGUUAUUCGCAAGGCCAGACUGUAUGCCUAGUUCCAGAACUAGUCAAGGCCUGCCUGGAGAACAUGACGGAGCCUGAGAACCCUCUGCUGCGACAAUGGUCGUGUCUGUGCUUGAGUACGCUGUGGUGCGAGUACGCAGAUGCCAAAUGGAUGGGCAUCAGACAAGGCGCCCAUCUUCGGUUAUGCGAGCUCUCCGUCGACCCAGUCCCCGAGGUACGUGCGGCUAUGCUUCACGCUUUGACAACUUUCCUCGGCAUUCCAGAUAUGACCGAACAGAUUGCUCAGAUCGAGGAAGACGUUGCUUCAUCAGUUCUUUUCAUGACUGCUGAUGGUAGUACUUUGGUCCGCAAAGAGCUACUUGUCUUCCUGUCGGCUUUUGUCAAGCGACACCAGAAUAAGUUUACGGUGGCCGCGCUCGAACAGUUGCUGCAGGAGAGAGACCUACGCCCUGGUAAGGAUGGGGACGUAAGCGAUACCGAGACCAUCCGAUCAUUAUCUUCAGCGAUGUUGUCCGCAAAUACGAUUUACGGCACUGUCUGGACCCAGAUCGUCGUCAUGUCAUGCGACCCUAACGUCGAAGUUGCUCGUAGUGCUUCGGCAGUCGUGGAUUGCAUUCACGAAGUUCUGGUCAACUCACCUCUUCGUUCCCAUGCUCUUGCAGUCAUCGAUGACCUUUUGCGCUCUUCGCGCAGACAGGACGCUGCUCUUAAGCGGACACCAUCCAGGGAAUCGCUUCGGUCGGUCAAGGAGCCCCUGCCUCGGACGCCAACCCCUCAGCUGGAGAAACAGAGCAGCUAUCUUUCUCUGGGCAGCUUGAAGCGCACUGCCAGUUCUCUCCGUCACCUUGCCUUUGGUGCACCUGAUGGAAUUGCUUCAUCCGGGACUACUCCUGUGGUCUCGCCUUCCAAGCCGACGAAACCCAGUCAGCCUCUGCCUCCAGCUCAUACCCCUCGGGGGCGUCUCCCGGCCGAAUGGAGCAGAGCUCCAAAUGCUCAGGAUAUCACCGCCUCUGCAGGCUCUUACCAACAGGCGCCUACUCCACCAUGCGCAGGAUCGAACCCUAAACUGGGAGACCCGGUAGCCCAUCUUCCGCUGCAGAGCACAUUGUUCGAGUGGUCAACCGAAUACUUCCGCGAGCCGCAGAUGCGAGCCCACGAUCCAGACGAACCUGGUUCUGCUGAUUACAAUCAGCGGUUGUGGCGUCGUACUCGCAACGAGAAGAUUAUUGCCGAGAGUCAACCUCUUAAGAGUGUGGCUGGCUCAUCAAAGUGGACUCGGCUGGAUGCAUUCAUCAACAACCAGUCACAGCCUAUGCAUAUGACCUUCCAUCAGUUUGACGAUCACCUCGCAGUGACUGACGACAAAGAUACGGUGAGCAUCUGGGAUUGGCAGAGCAAUGUUCAGCUAGCACGGUUCUCCAAUGCAAAUCCGCAGGGCAGCCGCAUCAACGAUGCACGAUUUGUGAACGAGGAUGAUCAUCAGCCGCUCCUCAUGGUCGGCAGUAGCGAUGGAGUGCUAAAGGUAUAUCGGCAGUACUGGGAUCAGAAAGAGGUCAACGUCGUUGCUGCAUGGCGAGCGCUUACGGAGAUUCUUCCCAGCAACCGUGCUGCGGGACUCGUCUUUGACUGGCAGCAAGGUCGUGGCCGAGUGCUGGCAGCUGGUGAUGUCAAAAUCAUCAAGGUCUGGAAUGCGGCAACGGAGCUUUGUGUGGCAGACAUCCCAGCACGAAGCGGUAGCUGUGUCACCAGCCUCACGAGCGACCAAGUCGCCGGUGAUGUAUUUGUUGCUGGUUUCGGCGAUGGCGUGGUGCGUGUCUUUGACCAACGCAUGCAUGUGAAGAGUUCCAUGGUCAAGAUCUGGCGGGAGCAUCGGCAAUGGGUGACUAACGUCAAGAUGCAGAGAGGCGGAGUGCGGGAGCUAGUAAGCGCGAGUCGCAACGGCGAAGUGAAGCUAUGGGACUUGAGGAGCGACAAGUCGGUACUGUCACUCAAUGUGACCGGUGGUGGUCAGACGGGUGGCGCCGGUGGAUUGGAGCGUGACGCUACCGUCCGCACACUUUCGGUUCAUGAACACGCCCCAGUUUUCGCGGUGGGCACCGACCGACAUGAGGUCAAGAGUUUCAACACUUCAGGCACUGCUCUAGGCGGGUUCGAGCCGCUAAAUGGGGGGGCCAAAGCGUUUGCGGUGGGUGGGCGAAAAUCGAAUGCGAUUGUCGCAACGGCCUACCAUCCCCACAAGAUGCUGCUGGCGUGCGCUGGCUGGGGUAAUGGACAUGUGAGCUUGAUCGGAUACUAA